CUAUGAACACGGAUCAGAGUGUUAAGAUCGUCAUAUCCACCAAAAUCAGCCGCGCGAUAUGAGCAGGUCCCUGCCGUGAAGUGCAGGUGGAACGUUGGGAAGCCAAGUUUCGAUCGAGAGUUCUGUUUUGCUCAACAGACUGUGGCGUAACCCUCAAAAUGGAAUGAGCCGCGGUCUCCCCGAGCGACAUGGUGAGAUAGCAGGAGGACCAGGAGAGAAAGUCGAGCAGGGCCAGCGAGCACUUGGCGGCUUGUAUUGUCCCACGAGUUGGGGGGCUUGAAGUGCAGAGCAUGUUUGUCAUAGCUGCCCACAAGCUGAACAUUUGCUUAGUCAGCGUUCGAGUCGUUCAAAAUUAGCGUGCCGUUUUCGUGAAGGCUACUUGCAGACCACAACCUGUACGUUCGACAUUACAUAGAUCGUAAAAUGGCCGAGCAAGCAGACUAUGUCACACUUGUCUCAUCCGACGGCUAUUCCUACGUCGUUCAGAGAUCAGCGGCUUGCAUUUCACCCGCGAUCCGGCGAAUGCUCGACCCAGCCAACGGCUUCCUGGAGAGCAAAACCGGAGUGAUACGGUUCGACAAUUUCCAUGCUAUCUUGCUGGAAACGAUCGUGAAGUACAUGUACUACAACGAGAAGAACAAAGACGCGCGCGACAUUGCAGACAUGGACUUCCCAGAUUCACUGUGCCUGGAACUUGUCUGGGCGGCGGACUACCUGGAUAUAUGACCAGCCUCCUAGCCUAAGCGUCCGAUACAUGCGCGAUAUGCUGUGGGUGUGGCAGAUGCGCGUCAGUCCCG